UCAAUAUAAAACAAAUUGCUCCUUCUGUUCGCCCGAGUUGACAAUACAAAAUCUAGGAUUUAUGACAGACUACACACACUCACUAACGGAGGCUGAAAUAUCUUACAGUAACGAAGACGCAACUUUUGGCUCCGUCGAUGCUACCUUUGCCAACGGUUUAGAUGGUUUAGAAAAAAACACCUCGUCUUUUUUUCAAGAAUCCGGCAAAUCAUCUGCGUCUUUAAAAACCUCUGACACUGGUGACAACCACGCAAGAGACUAUAAUCCAGCAGAGGAUAGUAACCUUAAAUUCAACGUUUCCCGCUUACUAAACAACGACAGCAUCAAUGACUCUGAAGAGUUGUCAGGAAGCUCGCGUAGGAUUCCUGACGCGAAUGAAACGCGGUUUUUUCAGAACAAUAAUAACAACAAUAAACGCGACAAUGUACGGUGGACUGUUGGUGCGCCCUCGACUCGAAAUACUAAAAUGACUUUGAAAGAGCAAGAACGAGUGGUUGAUGAAAUCAAAAAAGAAAAUUUUAGUUUGAAAAUGAAGGUUUAUUUUUUAGAAGAACAGUUGAGCAAGUUAGGUCCCGAUGAAAUGGAUAAAGCACUGAAAGAGCAUAUCGAAAUGCAGGUACAAAUUCAAAGCAUGAAACUAGAGAACGCAAAAAUGAAAAAGCAACUUCAAGAAUCAAAAACCGCCUUUGAGAAAUUUGCGAAAAAUAAUACGCCGCAAUGUAAACUCCCACACGGAAUGUCCCCAGAAGAAGAAGAAUACUAUAACCAAGCACUCUUCAAAGCCGAUCAACUUGAGCAAGAGAACGCCAAUCUCCAACGUCGAUAUGCUGAGUUGAAAAGGCAUCUUGAACUUGUGAAGCCUCAAAAAAUUAAUAAUGAUCUUGAAAAUUCGCAAGUGGAAGUUUUGAGAGAGGAAUUGGCUAAAGAACGCGAAGAAAGAAGUGCACUUUAUAAAAAACUACAAGAUAAGACUACACAAUUAGAGAAUAUGAAUAGCAAAAAUCGUGAUGAUGAAGUUGACGAUGAAUUUGUAUCCGAAUUAAUUGAAAAACGUGCUCAUCAGCUUGCUGAAAAGACUAGACAAGAAGAAGCAGAAAAAUAUAAUACGUUUGUGCAACAAUUGAAAGGACAAAAUGCCACCCUUAAAGCACAAUUAUCUGCCCGUGAUAAUGAUGUCGAUGAACUCAUUACCGAACUAGAGAUGAUAAGAGGGCGUCCAAAAAGUGCGACUACUUCACUCGGAGAGAUAUCUUCGCGUCUUAUUAAUGGCGAUUUUAGCGAUCAACUCGAAGAGAGCCUUGGGCAUUUUCGAGACAAAGUUGCCGAGUUGACUUUGCAGUUGCGAGAAAAAACAAUGCAAAUUGAUCAACUAGUUACUAGGAUGGAUGAAAAUAAUGCAACUCAUGCCAGUGAAAUACGAGAUUUGGAAGAUAAUUGGGAUCGUGAGUCAGGGCAAUUAAGAGAAGAAGUAGCUGUUUUAAGAGAGGUUGAUGCAGAAAGAUUUGAAAGGACCAGAGAAAAUCAAAUUUUAGUAGAGAAAUUGAAUAAGAUAAAAAGCGAAAAUUUGGAAACAAUUGAAGAAUUACAAAGUCAGAUAAAAUCAUUGAAGCGAAAUGCAGAAUCUCAAGAGAGAUCACAUGAUGAUUCGGUGAGCGAAUUAAAGGAUAAAUUAGCUGCCCAUAAAACGAAAAUUUCAGAGCUUCAGGUAUCUCAAGAAUCUAGCGCCAAAGAAAUUGUUUAUCUUCACCGCGAGAUAGAAACCUAUAAAGCUCAGAUUGUUGACCUUGAAAACACAGUUCGUGUCGAAGCAGAACAACGUAAUGUGGCUCUCUCGAAAGAACAACAAAUAUCUCAACUAUCAAUGACAGAACAAAAAGUUUCAGAGUUGGAAGUAGUUGUUCGAGAGCGAGAAGAUGAUUUGCAUUAUGCACGUCAACAACUUGGUAAUCAAACAAAUCGAUCAAAGGACACCUUGGAAAGAUAUACUAAAGAACAAGAAAGACUUCGAGUGGAAUUGGAUGCGAUGCGUCGAGAAUUUGAAAAAAUAAACGCUCAACUCGAGACUGUCAGCGAUGAACUCGAGAGUAAAAAAAAUAUUAUUCUUCAAUAUGAGGAUGAUAUUAAGCACUUGGCAUGUAUUACAAAUAAUCAAAAGGGCAAGCUCAAUGAAAAAUUAACUGGCAGUGAGGCUGCACGUGUCAAGGCAGAAGAAAUGUGCAGAAAUGUUCAGAUGGAUAUGCGUGAUAACAAUUCAAUUAUUGAUGAGCUAAAAUCCCAAGUUGCACACCUUGAAAGUAAUCUGUCUCAAGAAAAGAAGUCUACAUUUUCAACUGAGACUCAAUAUCGUGAUCAAAUAAUUGAGCGCAACACAUUGUUGAUAACAACAUACCAAUAUCUUGAUACGAUAAUGUCAGAUGGUAACAAGCAGUCUAACUUCCCGAAACCCUCGAUCAACUUUAAUCUUUUCCAUGAACAUUUAUUGUCAAAACUCAAGACUUUAAGCCACGUGCACACGACAUUUGAACGACGUGCCAAAGAAAUUGAUGCUCCACUUAAAAAACAAAUGGAUAUUAAAUUACGUCAAAUGAGCAAAUUCGAUGGUGUUAUUAAUAAAGCUAACACAGCCACAAAGGAGUGGCGAGAACAAGCAAGGAAAAAUCAAGGAGAGCUUGAGGCUACACGGAAUACAAACGAAGAGCUUCUUGACCAGCUGGCAUCACUGCGAGAUCAACUUGAAGAUCUUCGAUCUGUCAAAUCUCGUGCUGAUGAAUACGAAAUUAAAUAUAGGGAAGCUGAGCGACGUUCCAGAAAUUUGGACACAAAUAUGAGAGAUGAAGAACGGCGGUGGGUGUCUCGAUAUAAAGAAGUGGAAGGACGCAUGAUUCAAGCUGAAGAACGAUUAAAAAUUGAAAAGCAAGGUGCUAGAGUUAAGGUUGAUUCUAUCCGAGAAUCAAACAAGGAUUUGGAGGCGGAGAUACAAUCUCUGAAUCGGAGAAAUACCCAACUCCAGGAAUUGCUCGAUUUUAAUAAAACACAAAUGGAGCUUUCUAACGAGACUAAAGCAUUUACCGCCAAAGCCGAAAACACACUCGCGCUAUUUAAUGAUCAACUUCGCGCACAACUCGAGGAAAAAAAUAGAGCACUAGAUAAUGAACGUGAAAGACUAAAAGCUCUGGAAGAACAGUGUGCUAAAUUCGCUGAACAAAUUGAGCGGCGUGAUGUCAAUAUAACUAAAGUGUUGACAAACUUGCAGCAACUGAAUCAACGAAAAGAUUUUAUCGAGAAUGCAGUAUUUCGUCAAAUAAGUGAAGAAAUGCAAUCGACAUUAAUGCACGAGGGAGAUGGCAGUAAACGUAGUAAUUAUCAACCACCACCAUUCAUUAAUCCUCCGUGGAAGCCACCGGGUACUGGCAUUCCAAAGAAAAACGUUACAACGAAGCUUUCAUCAACAACAUCACCGUCAGUAAAAACAUCUAUUCCUACUUUUUCUUCUAUAACACGGGCAAAGAAAACUUCAGAAGGUGGUGCGUCAUCAUCAUCAUCUUCAAAUCUGAAAUCGGCAAUACCAACUCGAUUGCCAUCUUUAAACACGAAUAUUUUAAGUAAUAUUAGUGGUCCGAGUUCAUCGGCAUCAAUAGGUCGGGGACUUAUUCCUAAACCAUCCACCAAAGAUGCAAAAUAA